AUGCAAGACAUACACUCGAUCGCCGGAGGGAGUCGGUUGUUCGGCGGCGGGGGAGGCGGAGACCGUCGUUUACGGCCACAUCUUCACCACCAUCAAAACCAUCAAGCUUUGAAGUGUCCAAGGUGUGAUUCUCUUAAUACCAAGUUUUGUUAUUAUAAUAAUUAUAAUCUCUCUCAGCCACGUCAUUUCUGCAAGAGCUGCCGUCGUUACUGGACGAAAGGUGGCGUCCUACGUAACGUCCCCGUCGGGGGUGGUUGCCGGAAAACGAAACGCUCUUCGUCUUCUAAAUCUAAGUCUAACUCCUCCUCCGACGCAGUGGCGACUCCUCCUCCACCUCCUCCUCCUGCUCUUCCUCUUCCACCUCGUGAUCGCAAAUCCACUUCUCAUUCCAGUAGCGAGAGUUCGAGUUUAACCGCCACAACUACGACCGCCGCCGUGGCGACUGAGGCUGUGUCGGCUCCGUCGUCUAAUUCGGCAUCGGCUUUAUUGAACGUACAUGAUACAAAAUUGUUCACUGGUUCAUCGACGACAAAUACAAACCCUAAUUUCGAAGUUCCGGACUGCGGGAUUUUCUCGGAAAUCGGAAGCUUCACCAGCUUGAUCACAUCGUCUAACGAGACAUUACCGUUUGGAUUUGGUAAUAUGGCGGACGUGACGGCGUUUGCGAUGAAUAAUCACCAUCAGUUUCAAAAUCAGACGGCGAACCAAUGGCCGCCUCCGCCUCCACCGCCGUCGCAGAGAAUGAUGAACGUUAACGAUGAACUGAAGAUACAGGGGAUGACGACGGACAGCGGCGGCGGCGGAGGAGGAGGAGGAGGAGGGUAUAUGGAUCAGACGGGUCAAAUGGAUCCGAAUAGCAGAUCAAACAACAUUGGAUUUGGAGCGUUAGAUUGGCAAUCGAACGGUGAUCAUCAAGUUUUGUUUGAUUUACCCACAGCCGUUGAUCAAGCAUACUGGAGUCAAAAUCAAUGGAACGAUCAAGACCAGCCGAAUCUGUACCUUCCGUAA